GUACUAGUCUAAAGAAUUCGGCCAUCUCCGGCAAGCUUCGAGAUCUAUGGAGAAUUCUGUUUGAUACUGGCCGAGGUGUUCCGAUUGCCCACAACAGCAACAGUCCUAAGUUGUCUGGUUCCCUAAUUACCCGAUAACAAUACAGUACAGUAGUGUAAAGGGGAAGGCACUCCAGACUACAGACUACAGUCCUCAGCAGUUCACAACAAAAAGAUGGCUCACACAGUCAUGGAACAUGUGAGGGACGUGUUGGUUAUGCUAGCACAGGUCCUGUACUACUGGCUGGUGGCGAUUGUCCGUGCAAUUCUUCCCGCCAGCAUCCAGGGCAAGGACAUCUCAGGAGAGACUGUGCUCAUCACUGGUGCUGGAAGUGGCAUCGGUCGUCUGAUGGCGGAGAGAUUUGCCAAGCUGAAAUGCCGCCUUGUCUUGUGGGACGUGAAUGAUAAGGGAAAUGAAGAGACUGCCUCCAUUUGUAAGGGAUAUGGUGUCAGUGUUGAUACAUACACCAUCAACCUGUGUGACCGGGAGGCGAUUUACAAGCUUGCAGACAAGGUGAAGACAGACGUGGGCAAGAUAGACAUUCUUGUUAACAACGCUGGUAUCGUGACGGGCAAGAAGUUCCUUGACUGCCCUGACAAAAUGAUCGACCUCACCAUGCAGGUCAACAUCAUGGCUCACUUCUGGACUGUGAAAGCUUUCUUGCCGGACAUGAUGACCAGAAACCACGGCCACAUUGUUAACAUUGCCAGCUCGGCAGGACUAAUAGGCGUUACAGGUCUUGCUGAUUACUGUGCCAGCAAGUUUGCAGCGGUUGGUUUUGACGAGUCCCUGCGCUUUGAGUUAAUGGCCCAGGGGAAAACAGGAAUCAACACGACAGUUGUCUGCCCUUUCUUCAUCAACACGGGGAUGUUUGAGGGUGCUAAAACUAGGUUUCCAUUUCUCCUUCCAAUCUUGGAGCCGGCUUAUGUAGCUGACAAAAUUGUUGAGGCUGUGCUUUGCAAUCAGACGUUAUUGGCCCUACCCAGGAUCCUCUAUGUUUUCUUUGCCAUUAAAGGAUUUCUUCCCCAUAGCGUUGCACAAGUUUUAAAUGAUCACCUCGGCGUUAGUCACUGUAUGGACAAUUUCAAGGGAAGGCAACUCAAGGCGGAUUAAUUAUCUCCCUUGCAACUCCUCAAGAAGUGAUUUUCGAAUUUGUCAACCCUCGGACAUUUUUAAAUUAUGCCAUAUAUUAUGGUUGUUGAUGAAAAAAUCAUUUUAAAAACAAAGACUUCAUGUGAAAUCCAAAGAAUACCCUUUCAAGACUGUGAUAUAAUUGACUUGUUCUACAUAUGGAAAAUUUAACAUGACUUUUAUGCUUUUAAGAAAAUUCAUGUUUGCUUGACCUUUGAUGUUGUUGUUUCAAAGCUGCACUCUCACAGAUUGAUUGUAUUUGUCUUGGAAUGAGCCUUUUUUGUGUAAAUGUCUGGCAACCAGUAAUAUAAGACUGCUAACAAAUUUUAAAGAUGGCAGGUUUUCAUAUUAUAUUCAAAAAUAUGUUUUCAUAUUUAAUGGAAUUACAAAAAUCUGCAAUCUGAUCUUUUGUCAGCAGUCUUAUAUCCUGGUUGUUUAUGUUAAAGAAAAAGUUUAUCGUCUAUGACUAUUUUCAUAAUCUUGAGGGCAUUGUUGUCAACCUUAGCUUUGGUUGUAACUGAAACAACGUUCUCUUAAAACUGUGUUCACAUGUUACAAGUGACAACAGAGACCUUUGUAGUAAGGCCCAUAACUCUGGCCUUAAUAACUGUAAAGUUAUGCCCCUUGAUGUUAUAAAAAGUCAUGCAAGCAUUAAUAUAACUUGGCUAUAACUCAAUAACCAUUCAAGGUAUUAAUAUGAAACUUGGUACAUCUUUUAUUUGGCACAUAUAAAGCAAAACUCGUAACUAUAUAAUUAUUUAUAAUUGUCCAGCUGUUCUAUAGGGCUGGUAUGUCAUUUCUUAUUGUAAGUGGACUUCCUGUAAUUUUCAUAGUCAAAAGAAAAAGAGAAAGUAUCAACAAAAUAUCUAUUUUCAAAAAAAGGAAUGGAAACAAAGUACUUUAUAAAUGAUUAAGUUACAGUAUUGUAUGACCAGUGGGAUUAAUUAUCUUGAGGUAAAACAGGAAAAUGACUUAAUGUGACACUCUUAUUCAAAAUCAAUACAUACACAUGCAUAACAAACAUAAUUUUUGAGUGAUAAACCUUUGACUACUUUAUACUAAGUAUUGCAUUUAAGGAAAAUAUUUAUUACGGAUAACAAGAUUGUAACCGCGUAUUUAAUAGCUGAAAAAAAUUAAAAAAUUAAAUGAUUGGUGAGUGCUAAAAAUAUUUACUGUGAUCUACUAUAGUCUCAUUAAGUAGAAAUUCUAUGUUUUCUGCACAUUUCUUUAAAAUUGAACUCGGUAUCCUUCAUAGGAACCAUUGUUUUCAACAUUUAUUCAUCCUAUUUGGUAUAUUAAACAAUUGGAUAAAUUGUAUUUGGGAGUAAGAGUGCAUCUUUAAAAUCUUUUUAUAUAUCUUUAAUUUUUAUCUUUUGCAUAUGUUUAUAUGUUAAUGAUUAAUUCAUAUGUUAUCCCCGUGAGUUAUAUUUAUCACUCUAUGUUAUGUUAUCCGAAUAUGUGGUUUACAAGUUGACAGUAUUUCACACACAUUUAACAUCAUGACACACCAGUGGUGUUCAGUAAGAUCUUUGGGGUAUUUUAUAAUAGAAUUACAUCAUAUACAAUCAUGUUAUUGGCUAGUCAUAGGUUAUAUGUACAUUUUUAUUGAAUGAUAAAUAAAGUAAAAAAAAGUGU